AUGCAAUCUGAUAACCCAGUCAUAACAUUACCAAUUUACGAGGGUGAAAACUAUCACCUAUGGGCAAUUAGAAUGGAGGCUUUUCUUGAUGCAAGUGACCUUUGGGAGGCUAUUGAGGAGGAUUAUGAGGUUGGACAAUUACCAAAAAAUCCAACGCCAAAUCAAAUCAGAAUUAUGACUCUGAAAUCGGCAAAGACUAUAUGGGAUUUUCUCAAACAAGAGGAUGAAGAAAAUGAGAAAGUCAAAGGGAUGCAAGUGGUGAAUUUAAUCAAGGAGUUUGAGAUGCAGCGGAUGAAGGAGUUAGAAACAGUGAAAGAAUAUUCUGACAGACUUCUAAGCAUUGUAAACAAAGUGAGGUUGCUUGGAACUAAAUUUCCUGAUACAAGAAUUGUUCAAAAAAUUCUUGUGACUGUUUUUGAGAGGUUUGAAUCCACUAUUUCCUCUUUGGAAAAUUUAAAAGAUUUGUCAAUUAUCACUUUGGCAGAAUUGUUAUAUGCUUUGUAA